CGAGAGCCACAAAACUUCAAGAAGAAUCAAAACCAUACACACACUUAGUGUAUAUAUACACACACAAAUACACAUAACAUUCAUAGACAGAGAAUGGAUAUAACGUACCUUUCAUAAUAAUCUCAUCACAUUUGUUCUACGUAUUCUUCAAAUUGAGUAUCUCAAAAAUGCUUCUUCACGGAAACAUAUCCAUACCUCUCCGUUCAUCACUCUCUCUCAAGACUCCCAAAACGUACCCCCGCAACGUCGCCGUUUCAGCCCAAUUACCGAUCAAGAACUACGCAAUCUCCGACGAAGAUCUCCAAUCCCGAGGCUUCACUCUCCGGCGAUCGAUCGCCGACCUGAACCUGGACCACCUCAACUCCGUCUUCGUGGCCGUCGGGUUCCCGAAGCGCGACCCGGAUAAGAUCCGGGUGGCUCUGGAGAACACGGACUCGAUGCUGUGGGUGGAGUACGAGAAGACAGGGAGGCCUGUGGCGUUUGCUAGAGCGACAGGCGACGGUGUGUUCAACGCGAUCAUAUGGGACGUGGUGGUGGACCCCAGCUUCCAAGGGAUUGGAUUAGGGAAGGCUGUGAUGGAGAGAUUGUUGGAGGAGCUGUUACGGAAAGGGGUUACUAAUAUUGCUUUGUAUUCGGAGCCCCGAGUUUUGGGGUUCUAUAGGCCCUUGGGUUUUGUUGCGGAUCCGGGUGGGAUCCGAGGAAUGGUGUACUCCAGUAAACAGAAAAAGAAGUGAAAGUAAAUCCAAGUUAUUCUUUUUUAUCAGUUA